UAUGUCCGAUUACAAAAAAUCAAAAACAUCUCGAAGGUCUUCCAGAGAAAAAUAUGAUGAUCGCAGUAUUUCUUCACGAAAAUCUACUCGCCGAGAAGAACGAAUAAAAAGUCCAAAAAUUGAAAGAAAACGAAGUAGAGACAAAUCUGUUAUUUCAACAUCGUCAAGUGAUGGUUCUGAAUUCGAAAAAUUGCUUAACAAAAAACGAAAGGAAACGAUUCAAAAAGAAAAAGAGGAAAAGCUUAGAAUGAAAGAACUUGAAACACCUGAUGAAAAAAGGGCGAGACGAAUUGCAAAAAAAUUACAAAAAGAGGAGAGAAGGAGAGCGGAAGCUUUGAAGGCUUUUCCUGAAGGAAUUCCUUACACGGACUUGAACAACCCAUUUAAUGAUACAAGCCUUUCUGAAACAUUUGUUUGGAAGAAAAAAUGGGAAACGGAAGGGAUGAGUUCUGUAUCAAAGAAAAAAGUUGAAAAAAUAAAUCGUGAAACAAUUGCAAAAAAUUUGGCUGAAAUGGAACAAUUAAAAAAGAAUCGGGAGGCUAGGGAUGCAGCUAAAGAAGACAUGGAAAUGAUUAAUCGUGAUCAGGAAAGGCGCCUUUGCGACUGGAACAGAACAGAAGAUGCAUUUCAUAUGAAGCAAGCUAGGUUACGUUCAUCUAUUCGAAUUAAGGAGGGAAGGGCAAAGCCAAUAGAUUUAUUAGCUCGUUAUAUUUCUUAUUUUGAUGAAACAACUGAAGACGAUUUUCAAUUAGAUAAUCCUUUGAGUUAUAUACCAAAAAAUUCAAUUGACGAUUUGGAGGAUCUUAUUGCUGAUAUUAAUGUUUACCGUAUGAUUGAUGGCAAAAAGAAUUCUGAAUUUUGGGAUGAUAUUGAAACAAUUUCAAAAAGUAUUUCAAAAAAGCUUGUUGAAAAUCGACGCCGUUCAUCUGACAGUGGAACUGUACAUUCUUCUGUUCAGGAAGAAGUUCUUAAAAUUUUUAAAGGAAAAUCUUAUUCUGAUUUGCAACAUUUACAAAAUCAAAUAAAGGCUAAAAUUAAAAAUACUAGCAAAGGAACAGAUGUUAGUUAUUGGGAAGCUUUACUUGACCAACUUGGCCCGUAUAUGGCUAAACAACGUUUAGGAGAGAAUUAUGCUCAUAUUCAGCAAUUAUGGCUUAAAAAAAUAAGGGAAGAACAAAUGAAUGAAAUGGACACUUUAAAAGAAGGAAUUUUAGAAAAUAAUCUGUCAACUUCAAAUCAAUUUUCCUCAAAAGAUUCAGAAACUGUUUGGCAAUCGAAUACUUCAAUGGAAGAAUUGAGAAGAGAAGUGGAAGAGACAAGAUUUGUUUUGCCCUUUUCUCUUGAAGAUUUUCAAAAGCUGGAGGAUGAAGUUAAAGAACAUCAUUUUCUGUUUGUUUUUAAUAUUAUUUCUUUGUAA